AUGGCCGUAGGAGGAUGCUUCUGUGGUAACGUUCGUUACGAGGUGGCUGGCAACAGUGAGGGUAACAUCCUUUGCCAUUGCUACGACUGCCGUAAGAUUACUGGUAGCACCUACUCCACCAACUGCGUCUUCCCAGAAGACGGCUUCAAGGUUACCAAAGGCACCCCAAAGCCACACACAGUCAAGGGAGAGAGUGGUAAUGAAAUCACGUCCAUGUUCUGUGGCGACUGUGGUUCCACCAUGUGGCGUCAAGGAGCGUCGUUCCCGGGCAAGCGUAUCAUCAAGGCCGGAACGCUUGAUGACACCAGCGUCGUGGACAACAUGACGGUGAAUGCAGAGCUCUACGCUCCCCUCCGACCCAAGUGGAUUGCCGCUCAGGAGGGAGCCGCGCAGAACAAGGCCAUGUCCUGA